CAACGCGUUGUGGUCAGCACGCGUUUUGCACCUAUCGCACUGUUCAGAACGAAAGUUAUUCUCGAGUUAUACCCGGAUUUUUUUGGGAUCGCUGCAAGCAACAUGUUAAGGUAGUCUCGGAAAAAUGCCGCCACGUGUGCUAAGUUGGCCUGGUCGCCUAGUAUUUCUUUUCGUUGCGCACCUCGGCUGCUUAGCUCUCGGUUCAAGUGACAUCGAGCUGCACCCGUCGCUCGGAGGUGGCGGGACGAUGAUAACGCUGAAUGGUUUGCACAUAUCAACCGCGCCGGCUGCCGUAUUCUGCAGGUGAGGAACUUUCAAAACCUUUCAAUUAAUUAACGUAUUCCGGUUCACUCAAAGAAAAACACAGAAUGGGCGAGCAACUGAUUUUCGCUCAACUUAGCAAGGACUCCACCACUCAUGUAUCGGUGAUACUUUGCGAAGUCCCGCAGCUCUCUACAGGUUUUAUUAGUGUCGAUGUUACUCUCAACGGAAGGGACUAUACCAAUGCGGGUCUCUAUUUUGAAUACGGUUCGGCUCCUUACUUUGUUGAAUAACAAGUUAUUUUCUAAACGUUUCAGCAGUUACCACUUCGAUCUGGAACGUGUUUCCAAAGCGCGUGGAUCCACUGGGUGGAUCCCUUGUCAUGGUUCAAGGGCAGGGAUUUCGCAACGGUUGUGUAUGUGAUGGCGGCACUGGGUCUUUUGUCCAAGCAGCUAUUUUUUCCAGUGCCUUACUUUUCUGCGAAAUCUUGGCUAAAAUAUCGACAAACGGUACAGCUGGCAUUCCAUUGACUAUUGCCGUUACGAGUACUCAAAACGAGAGUGAGCAUAUUGAUGUAUACGUGUUGGGGUAUUCACGCGUGUUCGAGAUAACUGGCGUGGUGCACAACUUUGCUUUAGACGGUUCUCUUGGAAGCGAAUUCAUAGUGGAAGGCAACUUUUUUGGUUCUGACUCUAUCACGGACGAACUCAUUUGUAAAUGUUUAUUUGGCUCAGUUCUGACUUUUGGACGCCAAAUUUCUUCCACUAGUUGCAGUUGUGUUUUGCCUGAAUUGUAUCCAGGGAGGCAUACACUUUUAUUUUCAAACAACCAGGCUGGAUUUGCUGUGGUAGACAGCUUUACAACGCAGACGAAGGUAUUGCCUAUUGCUCUAAAUUUAGAUCUAGAUUCUACAUUCGGUUUUCAUUUUCUUUCGACCAUUUCGACAUAUUCGCGCUUAAGCAAGAGAAUAGAUGCUCCCCAUUUGUUUAGUCAAAACCACCAAAAUGCUAGCUUUCUUGGUUCAUAUGAUCUCGUAUCUCUGAACCCGACUUCUCGGAGUACAUUUUUGCAACAGGGCGGGAGCAAAAUAAAACCGACACUCGAUAUCAUCGAACCUCGGACCGGUGAUGAAGGGGGUGGCACAGUAGCUCACGUGCAGGGUGCAAAUAUGGUUGGACAGGAUAAUCUAACCGAAUGCCAGUCACGACUGUUUACGACCACUUUUUUUCUCAGGGAUUAA